AUGUUUUUCUCUUUCCAGUCACUGGCAAUCCUUGCCGCCACCAUUCCUUUCUCCCUUGCCCAAGAGAACGAUGGAGUCACCACAGCUUCAACCGAGCGCACCUUCACCGCUUAUGCUACUACAGCGCCCACCACUACGAAGACUAUCCGCGUCACGAAAAUACUCGACACAACAACUCAUACGACCACCAGCAGAGUGAUUACCACCAGUCCUCUUCGCUUCACGACGGUGGUGCCCCUUACGUACCUGAGCACUCUGAAUGUUACAAGCACCUUUCGGGCAACCACCAAUACUUUCUCGAGCAACUUCACGACUACCGAGUAUAGUACUAUCAAUACAACCUCAACGGAGUAUAUCAAUGUCACCGCCACGACCGGCACCACGCUCCUGACCGAGAGCGUGGUCACGAUUCCCACACCUACUGGCUUCGUUCCUGUGCAGGACAGUGCCGGGAACUACAAUUACAAUAGGACGUCCAAGCGCGGUGCAGAAAAGGAAGAAGAUAUGCUACUACCUAGACAGGACUCCGGAUCUUCCCCUGAUGCCACAUUCAUAUCUCUCAUUUCUAUCGUCACACGUCUAGCGCCGCAGACGACUUCCACCGUUUUCGUGACUUCCACCAGAACGAGCACUCAGAGACCUGCAGCUACAGUAACCUCGGCGACUACCUCUACCAUCACAGACAUCAUUGGCGUCCCCGACAGACCAGUCAAUUCGACAGUGAUAUCGACGUUCACCACAAGACAGAAUCUGACCCGAGCUAUUACUGUGCAGGCAGAGACAACCGUUGCGACCAUCACGACCACCCAAAGCAACUACACGGCGAUCAGAACAACCUACGCCGCCUGCGCGACCAACAAUCUUCUCGGGCCCCGCCUUUCAGCCGGCAACUACAUCAACCGAGUCGUUGAUAACAACCGUGCCAACGUCGGAUCAGGCACCAACGCCACCUCCAGCUACGAGUGCUGCACAAUCUGCCAGGAUGCCACCGACUCGUGUGACUUUGCGUACUUUGACAACUUGGCAACGACCAACAAGUGCACGCUGUACCGGUCAUCGACUGCGGCUUACGCCAAUGCAACCUGCUCGCAUACGCAGGCUGGGUUCUUCACCGCCAACAGGACCACCGGGAAUAGGUUCGUCGUGAUGAAUGGGCCGUGCGGACAGCUCGUCCAAGGAAAUCCAAACGGGGCGUCCAAUACGUGA